GCCGCGCGACCGUUCGUUGUGUGCCUCUCACUCCCCGCGCCAGUUCCAGAGGUGUGGGGGAGCCAUGGCUGCCGCGAACCCGUGGGACCCGGCGUCCGCGCCCAGUGCGGCUGGGCUACUGCUGAACCACUGGGUGGCUUCGGGGAUGGUCACUGAGGAGAUGUUAGGUACAUCUAAGAAAAUGGUUCCUUGCUUUGAGAACUUCUCCAGAUCACAGAAGAUCUCAGACAUGAAAGCUAAAAUCUACCAGAACAACCUGGAAAUUGAACUUCUGAAAUUAGAAAAGGAUACAGCAGAUCUUAUUCAUCCUUCCUAUUUGGUUAAGAAGUGUGAUAUUCUGCAAAGCAUGAAUAGUCAUCUGGAAGCCGUGCUAAAAGAGAAGCGGGCCAUCAGGCAAAGACUGCUGAGACCCAUCUGCCAAGAGAACUUGCCAAUGGAAGCUGUUUAUCACAGACAUAUGGUACAUUUGUUGGAAUUGGCUGUGACUUUCAUUGAGAAAUUAGAAGCCCAUCUUGAAACAAUUAGAAAUAUCCCUAAUUUAAAUGCAAACCUAACGGAAAUGAGAAAGGCUUUAUCCAAGAUGGACAAUUUGGUGAACGAGACAGAAGAACUGGCAGAGAAUAUACUCAGGUGGCGAGAACAACAAAAUGAAAUUUCUUUGUGUGUCCCCAAAAUCCUAGCUGAGGAAAAUUGUCUUCACAAACCUUUUGUUUCUAAAGUGCAUGCCCAAACUGUUAAUGCCAAGUGAUUGCCAUAUUUACUUUUGCUUAAUUACGUGAAGUCAAAGAAGUCCAUUUCCAGGUGAUUUGUGACAGGGAUAUUGAUAGACUUUGUUGCUAGCAACUCUGAAAAAGCCCUCUUCUAUUGGAGUGCCAGGGUCAGGGAGAUGUGUCAGCAGGGAAAAGUUCCUGCUUCAAUCCUUGGGAUCCACAUACCACUUUCUCAUAUUUCCUCUCUUUGAUAAAGCUACAAAAGAUCAAGUAUGUGUGCUAACCUACUGUAAGUGAGUUUAUACUCAUCAGACAGAGUCUGUAUUGUGACUCUGUGUCAUGUCUUUUAAAAACAUUUCUGAACUGGAAUAUCCUGAGUCUGAAAAUUUCUGUGGUGACUAUCCCUGUUGAGAUUACAGACACACAGCAGGCCUGUUGCCCCUGAAGUCUUAUUGAAGUGGUAGUUCCGUGGCUGGAGGAUGAGAAGGGCUGUGUGACCAGGCUGUGCAGUGAGGCUUCUGUGGGACACUUGCUGUCCUUCUGAGAGUCUAGGAUGCUGGUAUAUACCAAGCAGAAAGUACCUUUGCUACUGGUCCCUGGAAAAACCCUGGAGCACCACACCCAUACAAUUUUGGUGGUCGAGCCGGGCAGUGGUGGCGCACGCCUUUAAUCUCAGCACUUGGGAGGCAGAGGCAGGCGGAUCUCUGUGAGUUCAAGUCCAGCCUGGUCUACAAGAGCUAGUUCCAGGACAGCUAGGGCUGUUACACAGGGAAACCCUGUCUCGAAAACCCCCCCCAAAAAAAACAAAAAACAAUUUUGGUGGUCGGCAGCAUUUCACAGUGUGACAGUUCACGGCUGGAGUUUGGUGACAGUAGGUCUCUAUCCCCUUAGCAGAUCACAGGACCUGCUCGUCUUAGGAGUGCCUCAGACAAAUGCUGAGGGUGAAGAAAGACGAGAGGGGGAAGAAAAGGCAUAUUGUGAUCAAAUUUAGAAAAUUUUGUUUCGAUGCUUCUUAUAUAUAGCCAAGGUAGAACUUGAACUUACUAUGUAGCCCAGGCCUCCCGAGUGCAGGAAUCACAGACAUGUGCCAUCACAUCCGGCUAAAGUGUAGAGGUUUGUAAUGGAAAAUAUAUUUUUUACCUACCUAGGGCUAGUCAUAAAAUUAGAGACUAGUCUACUUAAAGUAGAGUAGUGACAACUACCUCAAGCUGUUCUCGCCUACUUUGUUACUGUAAGUACUCUGGCUUAUGUUUAAAUCCUUUGAAACGUGUGCACCAGUGUGUCCAUCCUGUUGCAUUCUGUGUCAGGGAGUUCAGCGAACCUUCUGUUCAUCACAUGUUCAAUAUAAGGCUUCACUGGUUAGAUAGUAAAAUAGAUGUCCAUAAAAAACAGGAUCCUUACCCUACACCCCGAAAAAAAAAAACUAUUAAAAACAGCAGAUCAUUAUUUUGAGAAAGUCUACAGCUUUUACAAAUGUCCCGUGCAAAAGUGGUGUUAAGAUUUUGACCAUCACCCAGAUAAGUGAUCAAAAUUCUUAUUUGUAUUUUAUUUCAAAUCUCUUUUAACAUCUAUUCAUUUUUCUGUGUAUUAUGUGUAUAUAUAUUCAUUAUCAUGUUAUCACUAUUGUUACCCUGUUGGUUUUGUAUUUAUAUUUUCUAUUAAUGCCUCAGGAUGUAAAAAUAAACUAAUUUCAACUAAA